AUGAAAGUGAUUUUAGUUUCUUUGUUCUUAACAACGUUCUUAGCCUUUCUCUUCCUAAAACAUAUCCUCAAAAGAACCACAAAGGUAAACCUACCACCAUCUCCGUGGCGGUUUCCGGUGAUUGGAAACCUCCACCAGCUCAGCCUUUACCCGCACCGCUCUCUCCGUUCCCUUAGCCUUAGAUAUGGACCGCUCAUGCUUCUCCACUUUGGUCACGUCCCUAUUAUCCUAGUCUCUUCUGCUGAGGUAGCUCGUGAUGUCAUGAAAACAUAUGAUCUAAAGUUUGCCAACCGCCCGAAAACAAAAAUGGUCGAUAUACUUCUUAAUGGUGGGAGAGAUUUGGUCUUUUCUCCCUAUGGUGAAUAUUGGAGGCAGAUGAAGAGUAUCUGCGUUCAGAAUCUCCUCAACAGCAAAACAGUGAGGUCCUUUGAAAAUAUAAGAGAAGAAGAAAUCAAUGUGAUGAUGGAAAAGCUAGAGAAAGCGAGUUCCUCCUCUUCAACGGUGAAUCUAAGCGAGCUCAUCUCGGAUCUUACAAACGAUGUUAUAACUAGAAUUGUCUUCGGGAGAAAAUAUAGUUUUGAGGAAGGUAGUGACAUUUCAAGGGGCAUAUUGAGGAAGUUCAUGGAGCUCUUUGGUGCUUUUCCUCUCGGCGAAUACAUUCCUAGCUUAGCAUGGAUCGAUAGGGUACGAGGUCUUGAUAACAAAGUAGAAGAAGUAAAUAACCAGAUUGAUGGGUUCUUAGAAAGAGUGGUGCAAGAACAUGAAGAUGCUGAUGAAGUGAAGUCAAGUUUUUUUAGUAUAUUGCUAUCGGUGCAAAGAGAUAAGACCGCGCAAUUUGAGCUCGAUAGAAGCGGGUUAAAAAUUAUGCUCUUUGAUAUGUUGCUUGGGGGUUCGGCAACAACUUUUACACUACUUGAAUGGACAAUGACAGAGCUUAUGAGACAUCCAGAGUGUAUGAAGAAACUCCAAGAGGAGAUUCGUUUAAUUUCGACGCGUAGUUUACAUGUAUCGGAGAAGGAAGUUGAGAAAAUGAACUAUCUACAUGUUGUUAUUAAGGAGGUUCUUAGGAUACAUCCGCCCGCUCCAUUACUUCCCCGGCUAUUGAGUGAAGAUGUCAAAUUACAUGGAUAUGACAUAGCUGCUGGAACACAAGUACUAAUCAAUUUAUGGACAAUCCAAAGAGACACUAAAACAUGGGGACCAGAUUCAGAAGAAUUUAGGCCGGAGAGGCAUUUAGAUUCACCUUUGGAUUUUCAAGGACAAAAUUUCAAUUUCAUUCCAUUUGGAUCUGGAAGAAGGGGUUGUCCUGGUAUCGAAUUUGCCUUGGGUUUGGUCGAGGUGACACUUGCAAACCUUGUGAACCGGUUCGAAUGGAGAGUCGAGGGAGGUGGUAAGCCUGAUGUUUUUGAAGCUACUGGUAUUGAAGUUUGCCGCAAGUUUCCUCUUGUUGUAUGUCCAUCUUCUACUCUAUUCUCUUUGUAA